UCAUGCUGCUGCCAGGUCCUGUAUUCGGUCCCUGUACGGCCCUCCGCCAUGCUGCGCUGUCUCUCAUCGCCACACUGUGCCAUGUGCCACUUUCAGGUCUCCUCACACUGCUGGUGGGUUCCAUUUUUGUCAUCAUAGGGUGCUGGGCAGAUUUACGGGCCUCCCAUUGCUGCUGCCAGGCCCGUAAUCUGUCAUGGGGCCCUCCUGUACCGCCUCCUCAUGCUGCUGACCAGGCCCGUAAAUCUGUCAUGGGUCCCUGUAGGCCUCCAUUUGCUGUGUCUCCAUCGCCACUCUGCCAUGUGCCACUUUCAGGUCUCCUCACACUGCUGGUGGGUUACAUUUUU